AUGCAGGCGAUACGCCAUCACCCACCAGGCGGCACAGAAAAGCUCAAAUUCGGCCGGGAAGACAUACCAGAUAUCAAAGAUGACGAAGUUCUUGUGAAAGUCCACGCCGCUAGCGUCAUCUGGAUGGAGCUCUACUGGGACAUCUACAAGAAGGAAGAUGGUACAUAUAAAGCCCCUAUCCUUGGGGAGGACUACUCAGGCACUAUUGCGAAGGUUGGACCUAAGGUACCCCCGCAUAGCGGCCUGACAAUCGGCUCCGAAGUAAUGGUCUUCAUGAGCAAGGCAUUCCCUACCGACAGAAGCAUUGAUGGUGGCAUGGCUGGCUAUGCCAAAGCCCACUUCUCUAAGAUGGUCCGUUCGCCUCGAAGUCUAAGCCUCACCGAUGCUGCGUCGGUGCCACUUUCCGCUCUCACCGCGUGGCAGGGCCUGUUCGACCAUGCAAAGCUUGCCGCUGGACAGACCGUGUUAAUUCCGGGAGCGGCCGGUCCGACAGCAAUCUGGGCUGUGCAGCUCGCCAAGAUGGUUGGGGCUCGCGUUAUUGGCACGGCAUCGUCUAAGCAGAGUUUCGAGCUCCUCGAAUCGUUCGGGGUGGACAAGGUCCUGAACUACAAGGAAGUGGAGCUGGAUUCAAUUCUUGAGAAUGUCGACGUGGUAUUCGACACCGUUGGCGGCGAUACUGCGAAGAAGGCUCGGAAGGUGCUAAAGAAAGAUGGCGUGCUGCUUUAUCUUGUGGACCCAUCAGGCCUUGAUCUGAACAAAGAGCCUGGGCCCAGGGUGGACUUCUUCAUUGUUGACAUGAAUGCGGAGCAGCUAGGCAAGAUUGGAAGUUUGAUCGACCAGGGGAAGCUCAGACCGGUCGUUGACUCUGUCUUUGAGUUCAACGAUGUGGUAAAGGCAUUCAAAAAGGGCGAAACAGGUCACGCUCAUGGCAAGAUUUUGCUCAGAGGGCCUCAUGUAUGA